AAGCGGGCGGGCGGCCGCGGUUCCUCGCGAGGCCGAUUUCCUCCGGGACGGCCCUGGGCGAUACUCUGGACUUACAGAUCCACCUCGGGAGAGCGCGAUCUCUCUCCCCCAGACCGCGCGGCUCAACCCACCCACUUACUUCCUUCGACUGCACACACACACACACACACACACACACACCAGAGCUGCCAAAAAUUUCCAACCUCCGCCCCCCUCCCGAGCUGACUUCCUUCCAGCGCUUCCUGAGCUGGACGAUCCUGGGAUUUGUAAGACAGGAAAAAAGGGACGGCGCGAGGGCGGGCGAAGGGACGGGAUGCUGGCUGUUCGGGGUCCUCCGGCGCUCUGAAGGCAGAGCGCGGGCCUAGGGCGGAGCACACUCAGCCCCGGGGCGGUCCCCUAACCGCCGCGCCCCGGCCCCGGCUCCUCGCAAGGCUCAGCCGAGAAGCGCGGGGAGACGCCGCCGGAGCCCGAGUAGGGAGGUGACACCCGCCCCGGGCGGUGCACGGCCCGAUCUGCGCGCCCAUGCCGACCCGUGGCGCCGCUCUGCCCCGGUGACCCGACCCCCGAAACCCUCAUCAGCGGUGCGGAGCAGAGAGCGCAGACGGAGGGGCAGCCUCUGUGGGACUAACUCAUGAAGAACAAGGGUGCCAAGCAGAAGCUGAAACGAAAGGGAGCCGCCAGUGCGUUUGGAUGUGACCUGACGGAGUAUCUGGAAAGUUCGGGACAGGAUGUUCCAUAUGUGCUGAAGAGCUGUGCUGAAUUCAUAGAGACUCACGGCAUUGUGGAUGGAAUCUAUCGCCUCUCGGGUGUCACCUCAAACAUCCAGCGGCUGAGGCAAGAGUUUGGCUCAGAUCAAUGCCCAGAUCUGACAAGAGAAGUGUACCUUCAAGACAUCCACUGUGUGGGCUCCCUGUGCAAGCUCUACUUCCGGGAGCUGCCCAACCCCCUCCUGACCUACGAGCUCUAUGAGAAAUUCACGGAAGCAGUGUCUCAUUGCCCAGAAGAAGGCCAGCUGGCCCGGAUCCAGAAUGUUAUCCUGGAGCUGCCCCCACCCCAUUAUAGGACCUUGGAAUACCUGAUUCGACACCUGGCCCACAUUGCCUCAUUCAGCAGCAAGACCAACAUGCACGCCAGGAACCUGGCCCUGGUGUGGGCCCCAAACCUCCUCAGGAGUAAGAAAAUCGAAGCCACUAUUUGCAAUGGAGAUGCAGCGUUUCUGGCAGUCCGGGUCCAGCAGGUGGUGAUUGAGUUUAUAUUAAAUCACGCUGAUCAGAUCUUCAACGGCGGUGCUCCAGGGGCUCUGCAGCAGGAUGAAAGCCGUACUAUCACAAAGAGCCUGACCUUGCCAGCCCUGUCCCUGCCCAUGAAGUUGGUAAGCCUGGAGGAGGCUCAGGCCCGAAGCUUGGCGACAAACCACCCUGCUCGGAAGGAAAGACGAGAGAACAGCCUGCCCGAGAUCGUCCCUCCUCCCUUCCACACCGUCCUUGAGUUACCAGACAACAAGAGAAAGCUUUCCAGCAAGUCAAAGAAGUGGAAAUCAAUAUUUAACCUGGGGCGUUCUGGAUCGGACUCGAAGUCCAAGCUCAGUAGAAACGGGAGUGUGUUCGUGAGAGGCCAGAGGCUGUCGGGGAAAGAAAACAAAGGAAAUUUCAAUCGAACAGUCACCACUGGGGGAUUUUUCAUCCCAGCCACAAAAAUGCACGCGAGCAACACCGGCAGCUCCUGUGACCUCAGCAAGGAGGGUGAAUGGGGUCAGGAGGGGAUGCCGGCUGGUGCUGAGGGGGGCUGCGAGGUGGGCGGUCAGAUCCGGCCCCUGCCUGAGCAGCUGAAGGUGUUCCGCCCCAUCGGAGACCCUGAAAGUGAGCAGUCCGCCCCAAAGCUUCUCGGGAUGUUCUACACCUCCAGCGACAGCCCUGGCAAAUCUGUCUUCACAAGCAGCCUGUUCCAGAUGGAACCCUCACCCCGCCACCAGCGAAAGGCGCUCAACAUCUCCGAGCCCUUCGCGGUGUCCGUGCCACUCCGCGUGUCCGCCGUCAUCAGUACCAACAGCACCCCGUGCAGGACACCCCCCAAAGAGCUACAGUCUCUCUCCAGCCUCGAAGAGUUUUCUUUCCAAGGUUCAGAGAGUGGAGGAUGGCCAGAAGAAGAGAAGUCCCUGGGACCUGAGUUUCCAGGCUCUGUCACUAAGAAGGCAGGUACCGAGGACACCAAGCCAGAACCUGAAGCCCCGGGGAGAGCAGAAUGCAGCCAAAGCCCUCCCCUGGACCCAGGCACCCAAGUGGAAAAGAAAACCUUGCAUGUGUCCCUGGGCUCUCAAGUGUCAAAGGAAGCAGAGAAGCGGCCAAAGGCAGAGAAGGUGAUGGAGGAGAGCCAGGGUUCUAGCCAGUCGAAGCCCGGCACUCCACAAGAGAGCCUCGGGGCUGGGACUGAACCAUUGCUUCUCCAGGAGAUGGAUGAAGAAGACCUGGCUCAGGUCUUGAUCUGGCCCGAGAUUCAACAGGAACUGAAAAUCAUUGAAUCAGAGGAGGAGUUCUCUUCGUUGCCGCCCGCUGCUCAGAAGACAAGCCCGAUUACUGAGUCAAGUCCAGCCCCGUUUCCCUUCCCAGAGACCCCUGGGAGCUUGCCGAGUAGCUCUGCUCCUCGGGAGGUAUGGACUGGGGAUGCAGCCAAUCAGAGCAUACAGGAGGCUGCCAUCUUAACCGAUAGAGAGAAGCUGGAGCCGGUCUGCAGCCUCCUUGAGUCAGAGUCUGAGCAGGAGCUCGGGCCAGACCCGGCCAGUCUAGCACCCCUGGAAAUGCUUCUGUUUGAGAAGGUAUCUUCUCCGGCUAGGCUAGAGAUAGCAGGCCCAAGGAAUCUCUCUCCCCCUCUUCCUCCUGCUCCUCCUCCUCCAACGCCUCUGGAGGAGGAGCCUGGAGUCUUGCUGUCAAAGGAUGGUCCUGACAGAGAAGAUGCAUCCAGGGAUUCCAGGACAGAUGUCUACACAGAGCAGCCAACACCCAAAGACAGCCCCGGCGUCCCUAACCCCUGUCAGAGAGAGGAAGCUAUUGCAAGCCCAGAUGAGAAGCAAAAUGCAAGGCAUGCUGUUCUUGAGAACAAAGGCUCUGGUCUUCCAAGCCCAACAAGAGAGGUUGACUUCAUCCCACAAGAGGAGGGAGACACUCCCCCUUCAGCACAAGAGCCUUCAGACUGUGACGAAGAUGACACUGUGAUGGACCCUGCCCAGCAUGGCCUGGAGAUGGUGGAACCCUGGGAGGAGCCCCAGUGGGUGACCAGUCCCCUUCAUUCUCCCACCUUGAAAGAAGUUCAGGAGUCCCAGAUGCAAGGCUCCCAGGGCCACCGAUUAGAAAGGAGACUUCGCCACAGGCCCAGCCUUCGCCAGAGCCAUUCUCUCGAUAGUAAAACCACUGGAAAGAGCCACUGGACUCUUGAGGCCCCCUUCUCCAGCAGUUGCGCCAAUCUGGAAACAGAGAAGAACUAUGAGCCUCUGCAGCCCCCGGCGGCCAGGACCAAGAAUGCCGGAUUGGAAGGGAAAGCCCUGAAAGCCUUCCGAGAGUUCUCAGGCCUAAAAGGGUUAGAGGUUCUUCCCAGCCAGAAGGGACCAUCUGGUAUACAACCCAAACCAGGAGAAACCAACUUCAUCAGUUUAGCAGAGGGAAAGGAGCAGGAACCACAACUGGAACUUAGCAACCCUCAGAUAAAACACAGUGACGUUCCCGGGCCAGAUAGCAGCAAGGAGAAUUCACCUAGGGCUCAAGACAGCACCUCACCUGAGGAACAUCACUUACAGUUACAGCUUAAGAACACUGAGUGUGGGCCCUCAAAAGGGAAACACAGGCCGUCUUCCCUCAACCUGGACUCUGCCACUCCCAUAGCUGACCUUUUCCGACUUGAGAAUGGGGCUUCCUUUAGUUCACCUGGAAUAGAGCUCUCUGAACUGGGAGACACCAAGGUCACCUGGAUGAGUUCCUCUCAUUGCAAAGCAGCCCCCUGGAAUUCCCAGGACACGCAGGACCUGGACAUUGUUGCCCACGCCCUGACAGGCCGCCGGAAUUCGGCUCCCGUGAGCGUGUCAGCUGUGAGAACCUCCUUCAUGGUCAAAAUGUGUCAGGCCAAGGCGGUCCCUGUCAUCCCACCCAAGAUCCAGUACACACAGAUCCCACAGCCCCUGCCCUCUCAGAGCACAGGGGAGGAAGGGGCUCAGCCUCUGGAGAGAAGCCAGGAAGAACCUGGUUCAACCCCUGAGGUCCCUCAGAAACCCACCAAAGAUGAUUCUCCCUCCUCCCUGGGAAGCCCAGAGGAAGAGCAACCAAAGCAAGAGACGGGAGCCUCUGCAUCCUGGAGGCAAGCCAGCACCACAUCCUGCAUGUACGAGGGGUCCUCCUGCUCUCCGGAACCAAGUGCAUCCACUCUGGCCUCCAUACAAGAUGCAGCAGUGCAAUGCAGAAAACGCACAUCAGAGACAGAGCCAUCAGGAGACAACCUUCUUUCUUCAAAACUGGAGAGAGCAUCGGGGGGUCCUAAAGCUUUCCACAGGUCAAGGCCAGGAAGACCUCAGAGCCUCAUCUUAUUCCCUAUCAUGGACCAUCUACCUUCCUCGCCCACAGUGAUCGAUUCCAAGGUCCUACUGUCCCCUAUCAGGAGCCCCACUCAGACCGUUUCCCCUGGUCUUCUCUGUGGAGAGUUGGCCGAAAACACAUGGAUCACAUCAGAAGGGGUCACACUUAGGAAUAAAAUGACCAUCCCUAAGAAUGGCCAAAGACUAGAGACUUCGACGAGCUGUUUUUACCAGCCCCAGCGGAGAUCCGUGAUUCUGGAUGGAAGAAGUGGGAGACAGAUAGAAUGAGACCAGCUGACCUGCUGUGGUCUGUAAACCUGGCGGGUUCAUCUGGUCCUUACGGGGAUCAACCGGCCACUCUCCAGGCCCAAGCUAUGGAAAUGUGUGCUUUUAUUUGCCUCUGACCACCUCCAUUCUCUCUCCCGGACCUCUCCUUUGUCUUUGACCAUGCAUGAGUCCAUUUGCAAGAAGAGUGGUCAAGACAAGGACCAAAGAGUGAGGUUUAAGGAAGUCCACAUGAGCAAGUGGGCAAGGUUAGGCAAGGGAAGAGGAGGGAAUGCUUGCCUCCGAUGGCAGUCGGGGCUCAUCUGUCAGGCAGAUGAAGCCUCCAUUAUCAUUCUCUUUUGCUCUCAAGAGCUGCCUGUGAUAGUAACCCUUGAAAGAAAGAAAUUAUUUUUUUGCCUGAGUCAGAAAAAUCUCUCUGCUUUGAUUGGAGGCUUCUUUGUGCUUUUUUAUGCUCUUUAAAGCAUUUGUUCUUUUAGAGCAGUUUUUAAUAAGCUUUGUAAAGGUGUAUUUACUACUCCCCCUCACCAAAUAGAAGCAGAUCUGGAAAUGCAAACUAACAUGCACUUAAGAUCUCCAGGUCGGGAACUUCUCCGUGCGCUUUCCCUGGAAUUGCUGCAGACCUGUCUGAGGUGACCCACACGAAUCAGCACAGAAAGUCAGAAUCUGUGCUCAAGAGCAAAGCCCCGGACUGGUCCCACCUACAGAUGCUUCUUGGUGCUGGCUUUCUUGUGACUCCAACUGCCACCGUGCUGAACUCUUGAUUAGCAAAUCCAGAAGCUAGGCAGGCUGUGUCCUGAGCGGAGGACCACAAGACGUGUAGGUAUGCAGGAGUGAUGUGUCUGCUCUCUUAAUAGUACCAGAGUCCGAGUGCCACAUGCCAUAGAGGUGUUUGAGCUUGUGAGGCAUUAAAAGGUCAGGUCUAGCUCACCUUCACUCUCCAGCACCAGUCUGAGCCCAGCAGGAUGGGUAAAGAGGCAAGGAGGAGCCCCAUCUGUCCUCAGAAAUGCCUUGCCUUUAGCCAGCGGCUCUCUUCCUUUCUCCUCCUCUCCCUGUUGCUCAAGGGCAGAUUUGAGACCCCUCUGUCUGCGUUCCCCAUCUCCACCAUCCACUCGGGUGCUCUGACUUGCUCUGACUCUUGUCUGGACACAAGCCGAUGCAGUACACCUGUCUGAUGUCCCUGACACCUGCUGGAGGAAGGUUUCUGGCGCUUCCCCCACCAAGGCUUAUUGGGGUGCUUCUCAGAUUCCAGCCUGGCUAAGCUGUCCAAAAGCUCGGUCACUGCACACGUUUUUCUGAAGACUCGCAGUAUCUCUGGGCUGACCCCACAAAGCCAGUCCUGGAGUGGGUAAGGGGCUAAGCUGAAGUCAUCUCCAGUGGGAGUGUAGAAACUGGUGGUCCAUUGCGGAGCUCAUGUUCCCCUUGCCUUCCCUGAUACGCCUGAAGGAUCUGAAAUUUUGCCCUUGGUUUUGUUGUUGUUGUUGUUAAGCCAGUGCCUGACGCAAGGAUACCUAGAGUGACCUAAAGAGUGUAACCCUACACGAGGAGCAAGGGGAGCGGUUAAUAGGCCUUCAGUCUUCGCUUUCUCAUUAGGUGAGGAAAGCAUUGGACCAACAAAAACUGAGAUGUCGACCAACAAGAAGUCUCAGGACAUAGCGUUUCCCCCUAGUCAGGAAAGGUGAAGGAAUACGGUGUGGAGAGGUGGAAGUGGCUAUGUUCUGGAGACCUGAGAAGUGCAUUCCUGCCUCAAUCAAGAAAUACGGUGGUGGGCAAGCUUGUUGCCAGGCUCAGUGUCGUUGUAUGCUUUGAUAAAGACGUGCUCCAGUUAGAAUGUGACAGGAAAAGAGCCAAGUACCAAACGACACACCGAGACGACUUAAUGACUGUUCUCUUUCCUAAUACUUCUAGAGUGUAUUUUUAUUGGCAGCAAGACAGAAAAGCAAUCAUUUCCACACUGACAGGUGACUUAAAUUCUGAGGAAUGAUUUCAGAAGGACUGCCACGUUCCCUUACACAUCACUCACUUAUGACAUCACCUUGAGGAGAGCAGACACGUGGGCGUGGGCGUGGGCAUGGGCGUGACCCACUGUCACCUGUUUGGAAAUAGUCCUUACUUCGGUUUUCCUCAGCCAGUCAAUUCCAGAAAGGCUUGAAAUCUUCACCAUCUCAGUGACCGGCCUCUAACAACUGUCACACACAUGGUGGUAAAUUUAGUGUGCUGGUUGAGCCUGGCGCUCGUAAAAUCGCAUUUCCUAACAAAGACACUGUUCCUCAAAAUGCUGGGGUCACCAUUUGGCCACCACUUGGGGCUGUCACAUUGGACCCCUGAGAAUAGCCAAGUGAGAGUCACUCAGCUUGCUUCCAUCCAGGGUCAGGGAGAAGUACCACUGUUGUCAGGACCUGCUGAUGUGCCAGAAAGAGCAGGAGAGCCAGUCUUCAGAGCAACCGCCAGUCCACAAAACAGGCUAGCUCAAAGACAAGUUCAAAUGAAAUAUGUAACACACUUUUUUGGCAUAUUAUCUUUGCUUAAGAUAAUAAUUCAUAUUUAUUUACAAAAUAGUCCUCCCAGACUAUUUUUUUUUCCCUUUUGCCAAAACGGACUGGAGAAAGAGCAUUUGGUGUUUAUUCUCUGCUCUUGGAAUAUGAAAAGACCUAACCAAGACCAAGACCUCGCUAUGAAAUACUAGCUUAAUCCAAGCCUUAAAAUUCAAAACAUUACCCAAGUUCAAUUCCUGGAUUCUGGAGACACUAAAAAUGUCUGUGUCAGCAUCCUCACCAAGUACUUGCCCAAAGCUUGGCAAGAGGGCACUGGGUACCUUAGCACCCCUACACAGCUGAGCGUGGUCUAACAGGGAGAAAGGGUUUAGAUAAGUCAAGCAACCUGAAACAACUGCAGCAGGGUGAGACCCACCAUUAGACACCAAGCCAAGGUAGAAAGCGGCAGCUAGCACCUUCGCUAGGACUGGUGACCAUAUUCAAAUGACCUACUAAUAAAUAUUCUAAUUAAGCAGAAUUGCAAAGCCAAUAAAAUAUAGCAGUG